GGCCGCCUCGAAUCAGGCGCUGCGUCGUCGUCAUCAGUCGCAGACAGAGACGGAAAAGCUUCAACUGUCACAACUUAAGAGUCUGUUUACUUUAGAUCUUGCUCCUCGCGUAGCAGACUCAAUCCCACAAUGCAAUGCAGCAAUGUGGUCUCACUACCCAAGGUGCUUCUCGAGUUCCAUGGAAGAUUUCACAAUUUGAUGGACAGCCUGAAUUCUGAGCCCAAGAUGGCUGAAUUCAUGCGCACGUCUUUGGGGAAGUAUCUCAACAGCCACCCUUUUCUUGCCCUGUCCUUGCUGGUUUUCGGCGCUUUGGCGACAGUACCUGUUGUUCUCUUCCUGGUCUUUGCCAUGGUAACGUUCAUCUCUGUCACUGUGGGCUUUGUGUUCUUGGAGGUGUUCCUACUGACUCUGGGUGGAGCCACACUGCUCUGCGCACUCUGUGGUGUUGCCAUGGUUGCCAUCAUGGUCUCCUUUAUCCUCAGUGCCUUCUACAUCACCACCUCAAAUGUGCUCAACUUGUACUACAGCCAAAGGGUUUCAGAGGAGAAGAGCGAUCCUGCAAAAAUCCUGGGGUCUAAGAACCAGAGAGGCCAAUGAAUGGUACCACUUUAUCCCACAACCAAAAAAAAACCCUGCGAGGACUGCCUGUCACAAAAUCAUAAAAAUGUACCUAUACCAAAUUAUAGAACAAAUGGUAGAAUUUGCCAGUAUGAAAAAUCAAAUACCCAAAUCAUAACCAUAUGCUGUGCCUCUGAGCAUAAACCGCUCCAUUUCAAAGCAGAAUUGAAGAAAUGUUGCAGACACCACACAGUCAGAUACUGCCUCUGUGUUUAUAAUAACCAAAUACCUUUCUUUAGGAAACUCAGUUUCAGUAUUUAAAUGGAAAUGACAUCUUUCACUACCAGUUCUCAAGCUGUUCUCAUCUCAAGCUUCACCAUUCCAUAAUUGACUAGGUUUACAUGCACACUAAUAUACCAACAUUUACCCAAUUAUUCAGGUAUCCCAACUAAGACUUUGGUCAUAUAAACAGAUUAUUUCAAUAACCAUAAUCGGAUUAAGCAGUACAUGUUCCCAGAACAAAAUGUGUGAAAUGACCCUAUUAAAUAGACCUUAUUUGGAGUAUAAUUAUUACGCAGAAAGAAACCUAAUCUGUACCUAUUUUUAUUUUUCAAGGUAUCUCAGGUAAUCUCGCUAUCUUGCCAUUGCAGUGAACCCAGAAAGUGAACAUUUGACUGAGACAGUCUUUCAGUUACAAAAUACAUCAAUUAUUUCUGGCCUGAAAAAGCACGACAAUAGCAUUUUUCUUUUUAAAGUUGCUGAGAAAAGAAUCGAUAAUCAAUUUUGAAUUCACAAAAACACAAAGUGGUGUUUAUCUACAGGAUUUAUCUGGGAUACUCUAAUGUCAGGAAUAUCAGCAGCUAUUGUGAUGCAUGGUGCAUAUAAACAACUGAAUUCAGGAUAUCACCCUAACCAUGGCAGUACUCCACAGUGCCUCCUUCAGGCUAAAGCAAUAGGGGCUGGGGUUGCUGUGGAUGUGUAGUGACUACUGUAUGAACAUUAAUGACUCUGACCUACAAAAAAAACAUUAAUUAAUGGCAAGGAAUUUUACUACGAGGGUCUGAGUCUGGAUACACGAACCCAGUCUGCAACUGCAACAAAUGAGCUGUGUUAAUUGAAGCACAGCUUCAAGCUCACAUACCGUAACCAGUCCCAAUGAGGUUUCGGGUUGUGAGGUGAUUGGCUGUAUACACUACUGAGAGGUUACGCAAUCUGCAGUUGCACAGAAGAGCAGAAUGCUUUUAAUACUGCUUUUUGGAACACUGUUGUCAUGGCAGUAAUAUUUCUGAUUUGAUUCAUUUUACGCUUCCUUCAAAUAUUUAAAAUUUUUUAGUUUAUCAAAUAUUUAUGAACGGCUUGCUUAUACGUACAUCUGUAGUACAUCACUACACAUUCAGCUUAUUUGCACUUAUUCAACCAUUUUUAUUUGCAUUGCACAUCAUCCCCAUCUAAUGUUUUGAGUGGUAUAUGUUCAAUGUAAAUUAAUUUUCUUCUUUCAAUAACUGUAAAUCUAAUCUGGAGACUGGUUUUCUAUUGGCUCUACUAAAAAGAGGAUGUUUAUUUUGAAUGUCAUUUUUUAAUGUUUUACCUCUAUCUUGUGCCUGAAAACAAAAUCCUACUGUUAAACAACUAAAUUGAACUACAGAACUGGUCCACAUGGACAUGUGUAGCAUCUGGCUGAAUCCACUUUAUGAUGGCAUUGUAGUGUGUGGCAUAGACCCUGUAAGUCAGGGGUGUCAAACUGAAUCCCCAGGGGGCCGCAGUGUCUGCAGGUUUUUGUGGUUUCCUUUCAAUCAGCUGCCAAUUAAGGCCAAUUAAGGCCUUGAGAACAAGGCGUGUGGAUUCUUUAACCAAUCAAUGACUUGAAUGAACCCAGAACACCCAAAAAACCAGCAGACACUACGGCCCUCCAGGACUGGAGUUUGACACCUGUGCUGUAAGUGUACAAUAUACAGCAGGGGUGCCAAAUCAUGUGCCGUAAAGGGCAGAGAAUAUACAGGUUUUCAUUCAAAUAAAUCGCUACACCAGGUGAUUUCACUAAUUAGUUCCCUCAUCUGAUUGAAGGUGUGGUAAUUAGUGAACUCAAAGGUACAAUGUAUGGAUACAUCCUAGAAAGCAGGGGUGCACAACUCAAGUCCUGGAGGGCUGGUCUGCAAGAUGGUUUUUGUUCCAACCAAUUACCUCAAUUUAUUUUUCUGACAGCAGAUAAAUGUUGGUUCACUCCUGUACUUGAGCACAGUGCAAGCUUUAGGGUACACUUGCAGUCUGCAGCUAUAGAUGGUGCAUAUACAAAUGUCUGGAUUCAUUCAAGACGUUGAUUGGUUAAAGUAUCCACACGCCUUGUUCUCAAGGCCUUAAUUGGCCUUAAUUGAAACUGAUUGAAAGGAAACCACUAAAACACUGCGGAAUUCAGUUUGACACCCCUGGUGUAGGGUAUACCUGUUUGACUGGGUUUUGGGUUCCAGUACAUAGAUGUGGAAGAGGUGUAGUUUCAGUCUGUGGAUUCAUACUGAAAGCAUGUCAACUGGAAGCUGUUGUGUUGUAACAGGGAUCUCAACUUCACAGCUUUACUCCAGUAAACAAAAGCAGAACUCUCAUAUGAUAAUUUUUUUAUAUAUAUACAUUAUGCUUGCUGAAAAAUGAUAUGGGAUGACAACAUGCUGCCUUGCAUCUACUGCACUAAGAAACUUGCUUUAAAGUAUGUAAUUUAUUUCUAUAGUCUUCCUACUGAACCUUUGGUUAAAUUUGUUUAAAUUCAAUAUCAUGUUUGUAUAUGAUCAUUUUACAUUAAAGUAUAAAAACUUCA